CUAUUUUAAAACUCUAGCUUUAUCUGAACUACAAUGUGUUGUUGCCGCAAGUUUACUUAUUGUAUAGGCAACAUGCUGUAUAUAUGUGAGAGGUUGGUAUCAUGUUGCGCUGCGACGUCGGUGGUUACGUGCAUAGUCACCACAUUGCUUAUAAUGCUGGCCCUUGGCAUCGGACUCGGCUAUAACUACUGCUACGUUGAUAUGGAGACCGGCAGAUAUAAAGAGGAUACUCUGUUUGCAACAUUGAAGCCUAUCGACAUUCACGCAACGACGAGCAAGUCCGAUUUGAUUGUGAUACAUCCAACGCCCGAGGGCACUACACAACUAUCGGUGGAUAUCGCACCAACGAUGGUCGUCUCGUUAUUCGGUGGGGUCGACUUCUCUGUGCUCAUACAAAAGUUGAAGAAAAAAAGACAAAAUUGCACGCUGCAUUUGAUAGUUUAAUUUGCAAUCUUAAAUAUUUUGAAGGUGUUCUUGGACGUGCGCAAAAUAUCACUUAUAAAGGUCAAUACUUUGAUAGGUGAUAUUUGUAAUGCGUAUUUACUUUUCCGGCCGAGUAACGGAGUACGCUUGUAGCCGAAACUGAUUUAUAGAAAUGUAAAACUCAGGACGGUUCUUGUUGGGGUUCAUCUAGUUGACCUGCUACGUACGUACGACGUACUUGGUCUUAGGUUAUAAUUAUUACUCAAAUAGUAUAAGGUCAAACGACAAUAUAUUUACCUUUAU